AUGCCUCGUCUUCCGAUGGAGGGUGACAUAGAUGUGGGUAACCAAUUUAAAAAUAAAUAUGAUUGUGUGAUUUCCAUAAAGAAAUAUCACAUGAAACACUGUGUGUAUUUUAAGUUGACAGAUUCCAAUAAGAAGAGAUAUGUAAUAUGCCGUAAAAAUGAUACAUACACGGAUCCUUCAAUCAAGGUGAGUGUUUGUAUCAGUAAAAUUGUUUCUGAAUACAACUUCACUCCGUCAUACAGGAAAACAUGGAUUGCAAGGAAUAAAGUAAUUGAACAGGUAUACGAUAACUGGGAGAACUCAUACAAAGAAAUUCCACAUUACUUGUUAGCACUUAAAAUUUUUGUUCCUAGUACAGUGGUGGAAAUGGAAACCCUACCCAUAUAUACAGAUGAAGGCACUCUUGUUGAAGGGAAACAUAUCUUCCACGACUAUUUUGUACAUUCCAACCUUACAUUAGAGGCGAUGCAUAUUACAAGCUUAUACAUCAAAUUGAUGGAACUUGGUAAUAUGACAACUAAAGGUUGGAGUUUCUUUAUACAAAACUUGAGAAGGCAUGUUGCUCCUCAACCUGACCUAUGUUUGAUUUUAGACAUGCAUGCAUCAAUUGAAAGUGCAUACAAUAACCCAAAUAAUGGUUGGCAUAAUCCUCCAUCUAUGCAUGUCUACUAUACCAGACACAUUGUGUAA